CUGAGCCAAGUGCCCCAAACAAGGAAAUUUUAAAAUUCGAUCUUCUUGCUCACGGCAGAAGUCGGAACUCAGAAGAAAGGAAUCGAGUGAUACAUCUCAUCCCUUCUACAAAAAUAUAAAAAAAAGGAAGAAAAAUCUCGUCAUUGAUCUUUUCGCCACUGGAGUUUUAUGGGUAUAAAGUUACAAACUGUGAGUCCCAAAUCCCAAUAGAAUGAUCAACACCCCGGAAAAGCGGCAAAAGUAGAUUCUCACUGCCAUCUGCCAUUUAUAAAGCAUUUCUCUUAAAAAAAACACUAAAUCGUAGAAAAAAAUGGGGAUCUUCCUGCCGUCGGUCAAGCUCAAGCAAGCAUCUACACCUUACCGUCUAAAGAAGCUUCUUCUCCUCCUCUCACUGUCUCGGCCAACGAAGUAACGAACGCAAAAACAGACGACAGAGAGAGGAAAAAAGGAAAACCAGAAACGUCAACGAAGAACAGCCAUGGAGGUGAAAUUUCCUUAUGUAGACCUCUUGUUUUUUGUGUUUUUGGCUCUAUCUUCCACAAUUAUCCCAUCAAAUUCAAGUGGGAUAAUACCCAGAAGUCAAAUUUUGAGCACCAAUGAUGGUCACAGAAGGAUUCUACACCAGCCCUUGUUUCCGGUUGACUCCACUCCACCGGCCGCAGAGCCACCGCCCGCUCCAUCCGGAAGCUCGGUUUUUCCAAACCCAGACCAGCCCUUCUUCCCAGAGGUACCCACUGGACCAACCCCAGAUCAGACCCAGACCACCACUCCGUCUCCUCCAGCCAACAAUGCCUCCACCCCUGUUACAACUCCAGCAGCACAGCAAGCCAGUCCAACCAAGAUGGUUGCCGUUGGAAUUUCCGUCGGGAUUGUCACAUUGGGCAUGCUCUCCGCAUUGGCGUUCUUCCUUUACAGACAGUGCGGGAAACACACAAUUGAAUCUCAGAAGCUCGUUGGAGGGAAUUCCCAACGGUUUCUACAGGAAUCAGGAGUCCCUUCCUCGGACUUUCUCUACCUGGGGACCAUGGAACCUUCGAAUAGGAGAGGAAGCAGCCGAUCCAAUAAAGCAAUCGCUUCCCCUUAUCACAAACUAAGCUCGGUCAGUCGGUCGGAGCUGCACCGUCCGAGCCCCGAGCUUCAGCCUCUGCCGCCGUUGCCUAGGGCUCCACAGAGAAGUUCGUCCCCUACUGCUAUGUGGCCUGAUGAGGAGUCGUUCUACACUCCCCAGGGCUCAUCUGUUGGGAAUAGUGGAAGUCCCUGCACAUCUGUUACACGUCAAACUCUUCCCACAGCCACCACUCUGGCCACAAUUGCCAAAGGCAUCAUGAGUAGUGCCACUAGUUCCACAUCUCCUUCUUGGAGGUCUUCUCCAAAAUCACGUUUUUCAGUGUCCCCUCCUGAUGACAAACAUGUCUGUGUAUCAAGGUCACCUGUAGCAGGAGCAGCACAACCACCACCACCACCACCGCCACCACCGCCACCACCACCACCUCCUCCACUACCACCUAAAGGCCGUCAACUGUACCAAGUCCAAAAUAGUCAACCUAGAACACCCUCACCUCCCAAGAGGAGGGCGAAAUUUCCAUCCCCACCUUCACCACCGAAUUUGGUGCUUCCUCACUCAAUAAACGAUCCACCCCCGAAGUCGUCUGAAAUCCCUCCUCCUCCCCCACCACCUCCACCACCCGCAGUACUCGGAAAGGAAAGACCUACAGAAACAAAGAUCCCGCCGAAGCCCGUCCAAGCAUUACCGAGGCCUCAAUCUGAGAUGCCAAUUUUAAAUGCUGCUAGUGGGACCAAGAUACCAGUAUCGAAUUCGGAAAUUAAUCAAGGUGGCAAUUCUUCAAAGCAUCUCGAUUCAGGAGAUGAUUUAGAUGGAGCAAAGCCCAGGUUGAAGCCGUUGCAUUGGGACAAAGUACGAGCAACUUCAGAUCGAGCCAUGGUGUGGGACCGGCUAAACUCAAGUUCGUUUCAAUUGAAUGAAGACAUGAUAGAGACUCUUUUUGGCUGCAAUUCAACAAAUGUGGUUCAGAAAGAAGCAAAUAGAAGAACUGUUCUCCCUCGUAUUGAACAGGAGAACAGGAUUUUGGACCCCAAAAAGUCACAGAACAUAGCUAUACUUUUGAGAGCAUUGAAUGUAACAAGGGAUGAGGUAACCGAAGCACUUUUAGAUGGUAAUCCUGACGGUUUGGGUGUUGAACUUUUAGAAACUCUGGUGAAAAUGGCCCCAACCAAGCAAGAAGAACUAAAAUUGAAAAACCAUAAUGGUGACAUGUCAAAACUAGGUUCUGCAGAGAGAUUUCUCAAAGCAGUGCUAGAUAUACCUUUUGCCUUUAAAAGAAUUGAAGCAAUGUUAUACAGGGCCAAUUUUGAUACAGAAGUGAAGUACCUGAGGAAGUCUUUUGAAACCUUGGAGGCAGCAUGUGAAGACUUGAAGAACAGCCGGCUAUUCCUCAAACUCCUGGAAGCUGUUCUCAGAACAGGGAACCGGAUGAAUGUUGGCACCAACCGUGGUGAUGCUAGAGCUUUUAAGCUGGACACACUCUUAAAACUAGUAGAUGUAAAAGGUGUUGAUGGGAAGACAACAUUGCUCCACUUUGUAGUGCAAGAGAUUAUCAGGUCUGAAGGCACGCAUUCUGAUCCUGCACCGGAGAAUCUUCCUAAUAAACUGGACCAGAAAGCAAAGGAGGAGGAUUUCAGGAAGCAAGGUUUAAAUGUUGUGGCCGGACUGAGCAGAGAGCUUGAAAAUGUCAAAAAGGCAGCAGGGAUGGACUCAGAUGUACUAAGCAGUUACUUGUCAAAACUUGAGAUGGGGCUUGAGAAAGUCAGGUCGGUUUUGCAAUAUGAGAAAUCAAAUAAACAGGGCAACUUCUUUGAAGCAAUGAAAUUAUUUCUUAAGGAGGCUGAAGAGGAGAUCCUUAGAGUCAAGGGUGAUGAAAGGAAGGCUCUAGGCCUUGUGAAAGAGGUCACAGAAUAUUUUCAUGGAGAUGCAGCAAGGGAGGAAGCCCAUCCUUUCAGAAUUUUUGUGAUCGUAAGAGAUUUCUUAUUGGUUUUGGACCAGGUAUGCAGAGAAGUGGGAAAGAUACAGCAGAGAGCAAAGGUGGGUUCAGCUAGAACAUUUCGGAUAUCUGCUAGUGCUUCACUACCGGUUCUUAACAGGUAUAGUACAAGACAGAGUGGAAGCUCAGAUGAAGAUAGCUUGUCACCAUAAUACCAAGUGAAGAUAAUGCGUUCAGAAGCCAACAAAUUAUGCAAUGCCCCUAUAGGUAGGUCCACAUCAAUUUUCAUAAAUCCAUUGGGUGGUAUUGAUCAAAGAAGUGAGCAGCUCUGGAUGGUAACUUCCAUUAUCUAACAAGUCCAUCCAUCCAAAGGACAGACAAUUUUGAACUCAUAGGUUUUGCUUCUAGAAGGAGAAACCCAACCAAAAUGCAGGAAAAAUACAGAAGCCUAAUCCAGAAUCCCAAAUAGGACUUUGAACAUAAAAUAAACACGGCAAGAACGUUUUUGAUAAGUAUAAAAACCAGAUGGGCAAGCAUGGAUUCUACAAUAACAAAUUUAAAAGAAUUAAAUAUACUCCCAUGAGGACCAUAGACUUUCUUUCAUCGAACUCAUUGUUCAAGAAAAUGAGAUAUUUCCAUGUUCCUUGAAUCCUGGGUCACCUAUUUUUUUGUUCGAGAUAUAGUUUCUGAAAUUAAUUCGUUAUGAUUAGCUGAUAGGUUAACUACUUUUAUGCUGGGGCACAUACAUAUUACGAGUUAUAUGGAUGUAAUGGGAGACUGCUUUUCUUUCAGUCUUCCUGUUUUUCUUUUUCUUUUUCUUUUUUUUUUGUGCAUAAUGUUGAGGCAAUGAAUCUUUAUUCAACUAGACAAGUGAUAAUUAUUUUAAGGUACCAACUCUUUGACUGUACCUAUUCUGUUU